UAGUGUUCAGAAACCGAUGCUGCCUGCUCUCUUGCGCCAAAGUGCGGGUGCACCAAAGUUCGGGGAAUGUUGAUGAGAGAGUAGUAUAUCUAACAGCUUAUCUUCAAUACUACAGCAUCAUUCAUAAGACUGGGUUUUAGCUCAUACAUUAGGUGGUGGAGUACAGAUCGGGAAAUAAAUAAUUUCCAUUUUGGGAUGACGAUGCGGGGUGCUAGAUCUACGACGAUCGAUCUCUCAGCUCCUCUACUCAGCAUCUCAGCAACUAUCGCAGAUCAGAACACUCAGUAUAGACAGAAUGACACCCUCUGCAGCUUCCACAAGUGCAACAGCAGUGCGCAAUCCCGUGCAUCUCGCGCCGGUGCCUUACAAAUUAGUCGGCGUGAACGCGGCGCUCAAGGCAGCUUCGGAUCCGUCGUUCGAAGUCAAGCCCGAGAUAUUCUCAGAGUUUAGUCUCAAGGGCAAAACGGCGGCUGUCACCGGCGGAGAUGGAGGACUUGGACUGGAAUUUUGUAUUGUGCUGGCCGAGCUCGGGGCUGCUGUCUACGCGAUCGAUCUGCCAACGUCGGUCUCGAGUGACUUUGAGGCCGCGGUUGCGUACUGCAAGAAGUUGGGCACGAGUUUGAAGUACAAGUCCGCAGACGUGACGGAUCCUGAGCAAGUGAAUGCCGUGUUUGAGGAGAUUGCGAGUGAGAAUGAGGGCAAGGUCGAUGUACUGAUUGCGGCGGCGGGUAUACUUGGAAGCGAGAACGACGUCGAAAAGUACCCUCCGGAGCUGUUCCGGAAGGUCAUGGACGUUAACUGCAGUGGUGUGUUUUACUCUGCACAGGCAGCUUCUUCUAUAAUGAAGCGCGCGGGCGUUGCGGGCUCGAUUAUCUUGAUAGCCUCCAUGUCUGGAUCGGUCGUGAACCGGGAAAUGAAAUGGGCGGCAUACAACAUCAGCAAGUCCGCAGUGAUCCAGAUGGCGCGCUCGAUGGCAUGCGAACUAGGCCAGUUCGGCAUCCGCGUGAACUCGCUCUCGCCAGGCCACAUCCGCACUAAGAUGACUGCCGCGGUGCUCGACGUCGAGCCCGAGACCGAGGCGUUCUGGGCCAGUCUGAAUCCACUUGGUAGAAUCGGCGCGGUACACGAGUUGCGGGGCGUAGCGGCGUGGCUCGCGAGCGAUGCGUCGUCGUUCUGCACCGGCAGCGACAUCCUCGUCUCCGGCGGCCACACGGUGUGGUAGGAAGUAGAGAGCAGCCUGACAUAAGUGCUUAGUCACACACAAAUACAUUGUUACAUAAGCAAAUGCGGGGGAGGGGCAGGUGAGCCGCAGACCGGGAGUAAGUCCGGGGGGCGCGCGGAUGGACCCCGAACAGCAAUGCCGGACGCGGGGACGACGACCGAGGACACCGGCGCGGUGCCGCAGAGGCCAUCGGGCUAUAAUAACGCUCGUCUCUGCUUCUGCGCUUCCUGAUAUCGCAUUCACAUCACCAGCAAUGGCCACAAAGCACUUUUACCCGACCAUCGACGGCCUCGUCGACCAGGCGCUGCUCGGCACCGCGGCGUCGCAU